AUGGCUGCUCUCACCCAGACCUGCAAGAUCGCGCUCCCCGCCCGCUCGGCGGCCCGCACCACGCGCGCGUCCCGCCGCUGCGCGAUUGUCGCCAAGGCGGCCGCGCCCGUGGACGUCGUCCGCGUCCAGCAGAAGGCUGUCGCGUCCGCGCUCACCGUCGGUGCCGUCUACGAGGCGAUGGCCACCCCCGCGGCGCAGGCGGCGAUGGAGCUCACGCAGGUUGCGGAGGGUGAGCCCUUCAUCGUCAACUUGGCGUGGGCGGCGAUCAUGGCCACCUUCUCCUUCUCCCUCUCCCUCGUCGUGUGGGGCCGCUCCGGUCUUUAAGCGGCGUCUAGUGACUUGACGUCGGCCGAUGGGGGAACGGAACGUUUAGUGCGAUACGAUAAUAAAUGGGUUGUGGGAGACGGUUCGGAUGCCAGGGAUUGGUAGAGGAUAUCGGUAUUCUUUUUUGGCGAACGGCGCGGAGGUGGUGCCUCAGAUAGCAGAGCUUGUCAUUCAACGCGCGCUUCGUAAUCA